CUUGUUGAUUCGUCUGCAUAGCAAUGUCAAAUUAAUCACUCCAACGAGUGAAAGUGCAAUUCUAGCAUUUAAUCAGAAUUCUUAAGUUGUCUUUGUAUUGUUCUAACCUUAUUAAGAUGAGCAGUUGUUUAAAACCGACGCGGACAGUUUUGUUAGCAGUGGGAUCGUUCAAUCCGCCGACUAACAUGCAUAUGAGAAUUUUUGAGCUUGCCAAGGAUUUUCUGCAAAAAAAUGACCAUGAGGUACUUGGAGGCAUCAUUUCACCUGUUCAUGAUCAGUAUGCCAAGAAGGGGUUGGUAUCUGCUAGCCAAAGAUGCUCCAUGGUCAAGUUAGCUAUUGAAACAUCAAAUUGGAUUAACAUUUCUGAAUGGGAAACCCAACAAGAAGGGUGGAGUAGAACUGCGGAAACACUUCGUUUUCACAAGACAGCAUUGAAUGAUAUUCAUUCUGAAUAUGAAUGGGCCAAACAAAUCCAUGCUAAAAUGCCAGAUAAAGAAUCCCCUUUGAACAUUAACUUGAAGCUCUUGUGUGGUGCUGAUUUGAUUGAAUCAUUUGCUGUGCCUGGCCUCUGGAAAGAUGAAGACAUUCAAGAUAUUGUGUGCAAUUACGGCUUAAUAGUUAUUUCACGCUCAGGUUCAAAUCCUCAGCUAUUCAUUUACGAAUCCGAUUUGCUUACUCGGCUGCAGAGAAAUAUCAGCAUAGUUCCCGAAUGGAUCCCCAAUGAAAUCAGUUCAACCAAGAUUCGGAGAGCAUUAAGGCGAGAAGAAAGUGUUCGAUACCUCAUCAGUGAUUCGGUGCUAAAUUACAUUCAGAGUAACCACCUCUAUACCAAUUGAUUCGGUUGAGAUCUGACCGUGCCAUCAUGCACUGCUAGUCUUAUCAUUGCAACCGCUUAUUUAUUAUGACAAUGGUGCAUCGUGUUUGGUAUAUAAAUUGAAAAUCUUGUGGAA